CCAGUUUCCACACGGACUGUUUAUGAAACGCAGCCAUUUCCGGUUUGAAGUGAAGUAAACAGAAGUUUGACUUUGGCCGCUUUUACUUACGUAAAAUAUGGCUGCACUCACUUUAAAUACGUUAAAACUAAUACUGAGGACAUCGGUAGAAAGCCCGGGCUUCGACAGAGUCCUGAGCAAGGUGGACGUCUUGUCUGCGGUCCCAGGUAAAGUAGUGUGUGGGAUGCGGGUAGAAGAGGAGCACACCAACCGGGGAGGGACGAUGCACGGCGGGUUGACAGCCACCCUGGUCGAUGUCAUCUCCACCUUGGCUAUAAUGAACAGUGAGAGGGGAGCACCGGGAGUCAGCGUAGAUAUGAACAUAACAUACAUGACUGCUGCCAAGAUGGGAGAGGACAUACUCAUCACUGCUCAGGUUCUGAAGCAAGGACGGACGCUGGCGUUUGCCACUGUUGAUCUCACCAGCAAGGCCACGGGGAAGCUCAUAGCACAGGGGAGACACACUAAACACCUCGGCGGCAGCUAAACUGUCUCGCUCUGUGCCUCUCGUCUGUAUAUCACAUAUCAUGUAACUGUACUGUCAAAACAAAGGACUCUGAGUGAAGAUGGAAACUGACCUCUUGCCUGGAAAAAACUUGCCAAACCACUAAGUGUUGGGUGCAAAUUGUUCUCACAGCUGGUUACUUUAUAAGCGUUGUUGUACAUUUGUCUUCCGUUAGAGAAAAACUAAUAUGUAUGGUCAGAAUCAGUCCUGACCUAACUUCUGUAUCAAUGGUAUUGUCACAUGCAAAUGCAAUAAAACAAAUAGACAAGA